AUUUAUUUAUUUUAUUUUAGAAAGACUUACCACCUUACAGAGAGAGCUGUCUCACUCGAUUGUUGAAGGAGAGUUUAGGUGGAAACUCACAAACUGCCAUCAUUGUUUGCAUAAGACCUUCAUCAGAGUGUGAAACAAAAUACUCAUUGGAGUUUGGUACACGGGCAAAAAUAAUAAGGAAUAGUCUUCAACUGAAUGUGAAACUCAGUGGAAACAGGUUAAGUAGAUUCUGGGAUAGAUUACAGAGAUCUAUUAGGAGCACGAAUAAAUACAUAAAAGGAUCUGUUACUGAACUUCAAAGAUGGAGGAGUGGUGAAUCUGUUCCAGAGGAAGAAUGGAUUCCUCUCUUUGACUGUGGUGAAGGGGACAGUUUGUCAGAAUCAGCUCUGUUGGACACUUCUGACUGUGCCCAUUCUGUUCAGAACAUGUCUAACAGCCAGAUUUUGUCUGAUUCAUCAAUUAUGAAUACUUCUAGUUGUGACAUCAAUAGCUCAUCCACUCUUCAAGACUGUGAAGAUAUCAGUGGUUUAAUUAGACAAGUUGAGAUUAUGAAGAAGCAGUUUCAACAGCUCUCAUUAGGAAAUACCAAAUCUAAGCAUGUUAAAAGUGAGGAGGCAAAUAACACGGAUGAGAGACAGGCUGACGAAAUGAUCAAGCUAAAAGAAGAGCUGGCGUUCUAUAAGGAAAGGAAUCUAAUCCACCAUCAGGGCAUGGAAACAGUUACGCAAGAGUUAAAAUUGCAAGAGAUUAGAUGCAAUGAAUUAUCAAGCAAGUUAAUAGCAGAAACAGGAAAAAGUAAAAUACAAGAAGCAAAAGCAGAACGUCGCAUGCGAGAUAUAAGAAGAUGCCGGAAGGUGCUUGAUGAGUACUUGGAAGUUUUUAGUAAAAAAAAUUCACAGAAGAGCAUCGCCUGUUCUCUUAAGCCUUUGAGUGAAAUCUGCCCGUCAAUUGACGACAAGUUAAGACGCAUCACCGGGGAAGAUCUGAAGUCAACGCUGCAUGCUGAGAAUAUUCAAGACCAAAUUUUCAGGAUGUAUUUUAAACUUCAAGGAAUGACAAAUUUUCGUGUCGAGCAAGAGCAAAAGAUUGCCACAGUCACCUCUGAAAGAGAUUCUGCAAUUGAAAAUAACAUGUCCUUGCAGGAAGAGCUGUACAAUUUGAGUAUAAGCCAUGCAGCUAUGGGUCAGGCUUUGAAAGUAUCAAUGGUAGAUAAGUUGCAACAUUUGAAGAUUGAGGGUUUGCAGGAAUCAUUGUUUGAAGGCUGUGUACAGAAUGGUGUUAUGAAGCUGUGCGAUCAGCUCAUAGGCUUAUAUGAAAAAUGUGAUCAGCAGGAAAAAAAGAUUGCCGCAAUUUCUGAAGAGAGGGACAUUCUCGGACAAUCGCUUGUUUUUGCGGGGAUUGACAUGGACAAUUUACGCAAAACCCAUGAAUCUGAAAAGAAGCUCUCCGAUGCUAAGAUUGAUAGUAUGUCUGACGAAAUUGAAACUCUACAUCUUGAACUGGAAAAAGAGCGUUCACGUGGGUCUCAUUGUUCUUACAUUAACCAUCGCCUAAGAGAGGAAAACGAAGCUAAUGAAGUAAAAAUCAAUUCGUUGGAGGAGGAAUUGUUCACGGAGAGGGUUCUGAACGAAGAAGAAACUAGUCGAAUGGAACUAUUACUUCUGGAAAAAGCAAAUGCUGAAAGUUUAUUGGCAGCGAGAUUGUGUUGUUCGGAUAAGAGGAAUCAAAUUAUUGUUGAAGAAUUUAAAAAGAGAGUUGGUGAUCUGAUGGUGUUGUUCAAGAACUUUUUAGACAAGUUUAACGUACCUCCUUUUGAUGAUGCAGAUCUUGAAGAAAACGCUGUGGUAGAGGGGAACACUACGUUCGUAAAAAACGGCAGUUCUGAGGAUUUGAACAACAAUGAAGUCCUCACUUCUGAUUUGUUUCUAGAUAAAACGUCCACUGAAGAAGUUCAUUUUGAAACUCUCUCUGGCUCUUUCUCCGGAAAUGCAGAACCUUCUCCCGGAAUUAAAGAAACAGGAGAAGUUACAGAGAAUUUCAAGGUGGAAGAGUUGGUGUUGGAUUCAGAAUGGUACAGACCAGUGUGGUGAGCAGCAGACAAAAUAAAAUCUUCUUAAUUAAGUUUGGAAGGGUCUAUUCAUCAACUUUGAAACGGAAUUUAUUAUUAUUUCUCUGAGAUCAGUCAGUUGUUAUAUUCACAGAAAACUUCACCCUUCAUUCAAUUUAAAUGGUUGUAAAAUAAAAUACUCAUGGUUUAAUUUUUAA